AUGGGCAUCACGUUCGCCAAACUCUUCCAGCGCCUGUUCUCCAAGAAGGAGAUGCGGAUUCUGAUGGUUGGUCUCGAUGCCGCGGGUAAGACGACGAUUCUUUACAAGCUCAAGCUCGGGGAGAUCGUCACGACGAUUCCGACCAUUGGGUUUAACGUCGAAACCGUCGAGUAUAAAAACAUUUCGUUCACGGUUUGGGACGUCGGUGGACAAGAUAAGAUUCGCCCGUUGUGGAGACAUUACUUCCAGAACACGCAGGGUUUGAUUUUCGUCGUCGACAGUAACGAUCGCGAUCGUGUCUCCGAGGCGCGCGACGAGUUGCACCGCAUGUUGAACGAAGACGAACUCCGAGACGCGGUGUUGUUGGUGUUCGCCAACAAGCAAGAUUUGCCGAACGCGAUGAGCGCGGCGGAAAUCACGGACAAGCUUGGCUUGCACUCUUUGCGUCAGCGUCACUGGUUCAUUCAAUCCACGUGCGCCACCUCUGGUGAAGGUCUCUACGAAGGUCUCGACUGGCUAUCCUCGAACAUUUCGCAGCGUGCGUAAGCGGCGGGCGCGACGAGGCUUGGAUGUUCGGCGAGUGAGACGAUUUAAACAAAAUAGAGUGGUAGAGCGGCGGUGAGUGCCGUCGAGCGUGCGCGCGUAUAGGCGAAGUAACAGUUAAACGAAGACCUGGGAAAGGAACGUGUAGUGACAACGAAGAGAAACAGGAGCGCGCGAGCGCGGCGUUGUGAUGAAAAUUCAAACCAGAUGAUGCAAUUCCUUUCUAAUGUUAAACGUGCUACGUCUCGUCUACUUGGAUUGUAUCGUGACUACUUCAGCGCGCUCGCGGCGUCCACGAGAUCGCUCACUUCCAAACGCGCCGAUCCUUUGCCCAUGGUGCUGCUCAGGUACGCCUUUCGCACGUACUUGCUCGCGUUCGGCGCACCUUUCCCUUUAGGUCUCAGCGCCAAGAGCUCACGAAACACGGUGGCAACGUUUUCCACCAAAUGUUCCUCCUCGAAGUUCACUUUUCCAACCAUGACGUGCACGAUGGCGUUUUUCUCCGCUCUAAACUCCACGCGCCCGCCGAGGUGUUCGCGCACCGCCUCGGCGACGUCCGUCGUCACCGUCCCCAAUUUCGGAUUCGGCAUCAACCCUCGCGGGCCUAAGAUCCGCGCGAUCUCCUUCAACUUCGACAUCAUCCCCGGCGUCGCGAUCGCCUUAUCGAACUGAAUCGUCCCCG